AUGUCGAAUUGGGCUAUUACAAAAUAUUUCAAUCGAACGCUGGCGUUGUCGUGCACGCUGGUUGCCAUCUCCCAGCUCAACUAUGGAUUCGAUAAUCAAGCUUUCGCAACGACACAGUCGAUGACUGCUUUCACGAAACAAUUUGGCGAAUACAAUCCUCAAACAGGGGCAUAUGCUAUUCCGGCAUAUUAUUUGUCGCUGCUGAAUAGUCUGAACUAUAUCGGCUUUGCCUUGGGGCUAUUAAUCGGAAGCCUUAUCAGCCGACGAUAUGGACGUCGCGUCUGUAUAUUUUCCAUGAGCUGCUAUGCUCUUGUGACGGCAACAAUUACCGUGACCUCCCAGAGCAAGGGUCAGAUUCUCGCGGCGCGGAUCUUGAAUUAUGUUUAUGUCGGCAUGGAGCUAUCGGUUGUACCUGUCUAUCAAUCAGAAAUUGUACCAGCUCCAGUCCGCGGAUUUGUGGUGGGAACAUAUCAACUGGCCAUCGGUCUAGGAGGAAUUAUUAUCAACAGUAUUUGCAGAGGAACCAGUACCUUGGAAGGCAACAAAUCCUGGAGAAUACCAUUUGGUCUAUUCUACGUGAUCCCUUGCGUGAUUCUGUCUUUGAUUUGGUUAAUCCCAGAGGUAUCAUCCCCUCGAAACUACUACAAAAGGGCCAUACUAAUAGCUAUUCCCAAGUCCCCCCGCUGGCUCCUUCUUCAAAACCGGCCUGAUGAAGCCGAACAAUCCCUAAAACGGCUCCGCCAUGGAACGAUGACGAGGGAAGCGAUCGCGGAUGAAUUGGCCUCCUUGAAAAUUGGACUUGCCAUCGAACCAGAAAAAGGUCAUUUCAAAGAGUUGUUCGACAAGACAAACUUGAAACGCACCCUGAUCGUCAUCGCCAUUAGCUUCUUCCAGCAAGCUACCGGCCAGGCCUUUUCAAGUCAGUACGGCGCCAUAUUCGUCAAAUCGCUCGGCACAGUCAACCCCUACAACUUCGCAAUCAUCACGAGCUGUAUCACCACGGCGGCAUGUCUCAUUUCGAACCUUUUGAGCGACAAAGUCGGUCGGCGGAAGCUUUUCAUCGCAGGUGCAGGCAUCCAAGCCGUGGCGCUAUUUACAAUGGGUGGCCUAGGAACAGCGAGCCCGGUGACCUUCUCUGAAAGCACCGCGAUAGCAGCUAUGAUGGCGAUCUUCGGAGCUGGGUUCGGACUGGGCUGGGGACCACUCACGUAUGUGGUUAUCACUGAGCUGCCGGCUUUGUCGCUUCGUGACCAUUCUCAACGUAUCUCUUCUCUCACAAAUAUUGCGGUCAAUUUUGCGGUGACCUUUUCGAUUCCAUACCUACUGGACGACGGCUACGCGGGUCUGCACUCCAAAGUUGGAUUUAUCUUUGGGAGUAUUGCAGUGUGUGCGUGUGUUUUUACAUACCUUUGUGUGCCGGAUUGUCAAGGGAAAUCUCUCGAAGAGGUGGAUCGACUUUUCCACGAGGGUGUCCCUGUGAGGAAGUUCAGAGAUUACCAAACGGCUGCACUAGAUGAGGCUCAAGAGGCGGAGAAAGGGAAAGAAAUGCGAAGUCAGAGCCGCGAUGUUUAA